GAUAAAAAAUCAGUUUGGAUGUAAAGUGAACGUGUUUUGCUGUGUUCUCGACAUGACAAUUUCAUUACGGUGUUGAUAGCCAUGGAGAAAAUAAAAAUAUUAUUCCAUUGAGUAUUUAGUGGAUCUUGCGUCCAGCGUAGUAAUGUUUUUUACGUUGCAUAACGUAAUUUCAUACCUUAUAUUUCGAGAGAAAUAUUUUUCAUCCGUGUAAUAACAAGUGAGCAUCGGCAGCUGCUAUCGUUAAAUCUUGGAGUGCAAGAAAAAAAGGAAAGAAAAGAAAAUGUCGACCAGCGAGAUUGAAGAAUUCGUAAAUGGUGCACUUAUUUCUUGGGUUGAGUCGUGUCUCCCACGCCACGAAAUAAUUGCUGGAUACGCUUCUCUAUUGGAUGGAACAAUUUUGCAUAGCGUGUAUCUUCAAAUUGAUCCCGAACCACAGUACCUUCCAGUGAAUGUAAAAAGUACAGAUAGUCAUACGCUAAUUAACGCUCGGUCGCGCAGUUUUGAUGCAAUCGUUAGAAAUUUGCGAAAUCUCUACAAUGAAGAACUUGGACAGACUAUAUUGGCUCUACCUGAUUGCUCAAUGCUGUGCCAAUCGCCAGAAUCAAGAGCCGGGCUAGAGCAGAUGAAGUUGCUUAUAACAUUACUUCUAGGUGCUGCAGUACAGUGCCCAAAUAAAGAAAUAUUCAUAGCUCGUAUCAAAGAGUUGGAUGUAAAUACCCAGCAUGCGAUUGUUGAAAUCAUUAAACAAGUUACCGAUAGCCAAACAUUGGUUUUGACACAAGAAGCUAUGGACCAUCUUCCGGAGGAAGCAUGUAAACACAUCCUUCGACUCGCAAAAGAACGUGAUCAAUAUCAUAGCAAAUGGAUGUCAUCGGUGAUGUCGGAUGUUGACACAAUGAACAGUUCAAGUUCAAAAUCAAGCCUACACAAUUCCUCCUCAUCGGGGACAAGUUCAGCAAAUACACCGUUGACAUCUUCUGAGAAUAACCAUUUAGCUGUGGAACUAGCUGAUUAUAAAUCGAAACUGCGAAAGUUGCGUCAAGAGCUGGAAGAAAAAUCUGAAGUGCUAAUGGAAGUCAAAGAAGAGCUCGACCAUAAAUGUAGCCAAUAUGAGAAACUGAGGAUAGAAAGUCAAGAUUGGUACUCCGAAGCAAGGCGAGCUGCCGCGUAUAGAGAUGAAGUGGACGUAUUGCGAGAGCGCGGAGAACGAGCCGAUCGUCUCGAGAUAGAAGUCCAGAAACUUAGGGAAAAGUUAUCUGACGCGGAAUUCUAUCGAACGAGAGUAGAAGAACUGCGGGAAGAUAAUCGAAUGUUGCUGGAAACAAAGGAAAUGUUGGAAGAACAGUUGCUUCGUUCUAGAAAACGAAGUGAUCAAGUGAUGAUACUCGAAACAGAAAUAAUAAAAUUUAAACAGAUGAUGAACGAUAUGUCACUGGAACGUGAUGUAGAUAAAAGUAAACUACAAGACCUACUUGAGGAAAACGUGCAGUUGCAGUUGGCGACCAAGAACCUGAUGGCAGGAACAGAAGCAGCCAUUAAUCAAAAUCAGUCAGAUACCGAGGAAGACAUACCAUCCAAUGACAACAGUUUAUCAGAACAGCUUACUACCAACGCACAGUCUCGUGCACUCAAAUUGGAACUGGAAAAUCGGCGCUUAUUGGCAGCACUUGAUGGUUUGAAAGAAACCUCUUUUCAUGAAUCUUCUAACAAAAUAUUGGAUCUAGAGAAAGAUAAGAAGAAAAUAUCUUUGCGCUUAGAACAAAUGCAAGACAACUGUAAUCGACUUGUGCAGCAAAAUAGCGAGCUUGAAAAUGUCUUCAAGAACGCACUGGAAGAAAACAAAAAACUACAGGACACAUUAGAUUCCAAACAACAAAUCAUAGAUAAACAGUCCCACGAUCGGGAGCUCGAUAGAAUACGGUACAUAGAUUUGGAGAAGCAACUCGAAAGUCUUAGCAAGGAUAAGCAAAGAGUUCAGAAUCUUUGCGAUAGCAUACAACGAAGAACGGUCGAUUUGGAACGCUCUAUCGAGAGCAGGACGAAAGAGGUGCGUUUGUUAAACGAAAGAUGCGUUGAGUUCGAUACGAUGAAGAAACAGCUUUAUGAAGCCAACGCAAAAUUGACUCUUCUUGAAAAGGAAAAUAUCAGCUAUGGCAAAGAUUUGAUAAAAUACAAGGAGAUAUUGGAGCAAAAAGAUGUUGAGCUGGAUGAAACUAUUAUUAAACUAGAAUACAAAGAAAAGGAAAUUGGACAGUUUGUCAAACGACUUGAAGAAACUGCUUUGAUAGAGAUUAAAUUACAAGAGCUGGAAAAGUUAAACCACGAAUUAAUGUCGCAGCAGAAAAUUCAGGAUGAAACCAUUUCAACACUCAAGAAAGAUUUAUAUGAUGGAACAUUAGCAACAAAGAAAGUCAAGCAAAAUCUUGAAAGACUUGGUUUGAAUGAGUCGGAUAUGGAAAAGACCGAAAUGAAUGUGGAAGUGUUCGUGGAAAAAUUAUGCAAAAAUCCCGAAUCAUUCAAAACCGUUCGUGAGAUUGUACUUAAUGUUGGCAAAGAAAUAACAAAAUCUGCAGAUAUUUGUGUUUUAUGUCACAAACACGAGAUCUACACAGUUGAGAAAGACAUCGAAUUCUCAAACUGCGAUGAGCCAGCGAUGCCUAGUGAGCUAGAGCUAAAGUUAGAUCAACUGAAGGCUGACAAUAUCGCUCUUCUAACUUCAAAUGAAUCUCUACAGGCUGAAAAUGCUCGUCAAAAGGUGGAAGUGGCUACAUUAGGAUCUCAAAUAACAUCUCUUAAUACACAACACGUCGCUCUACAACUAGCCAAUUCUCAAUUAGCUGCUGAAAAAGAUAUGUUUGUAAAACAGUUAGAAGCCAAGAAGCAAGCGUACGAAUCACUUCAACAUGACCAAAUUACGCUUCAAUGCCUCCACGAGCAACUAAGUAGUGAAUAUGAGUCUCUCAAUAAUGAGAAAGAAAUACUUAAAAAUUCUAUCCGUGAUCUCAAAACGGAUAACAGAGAUCUGAAGGAGCACGCACUUAUUCUUGAAAAACAGUUGGAAAAUUACAAGCUAGAAUUAACAUCUAUGAAAGAUGGAAUUACCAAUCUCACAAAUCUGCGAGCAGAGCACUCAAAACUGAAAGACGACUUCAGGUGUUUAUUUACAACUAGUGAACGCUUGAAGCAAGAGUACAAGAAUAGACAGGAACAAUACCGCGCAUAUCGAUCGGAGAAUAGCAGACUCAAAUUACAGAACACUGAGUUGAGUGGGGAAUUGAAUAAUAAGGUGGAGCAGAUUACGAAUCUCGAGAUUGAAUAUACCAAGAUGCACCAAAGAUGCGAGAUGCUGCUUCAGAUGAAUUCUACCUUGGACGUAGACAGACGUACAUUGAUGGACCACGUUUCACAGAUUUUGGCACAAUAUCAUGAACUGCUGGCGCAUUCAUUGGAGGACAAGCAACAUUAUCACGACGAAGAAAAGACUUUCACUGACCGAGUAAACAAUUUACAUCGUCAAAAAGAGAAGUUGGAAGAAAAAAUCAUGGAACACUAUCGAAAACUGGAUAGCUGUUCGCCUAAAAAAAAACCAUUUGGAUUGAAUUUUGUGAAAAAAGUUCGUAAAGCUGGAUCUGAACUGAUGAAUCGUGUACCGAAUCGGAAUCGUCGUUCUUGGGUCGAUGAGUCCCGGCUUACCCAAUCUCAAUUCACACUUGGCUCCGAAUCUGGUGGAAACGAAUCGGAUAAUAGCAUAGAAGAACCCAAUUCGGUCGCUUCUGAUACAAAUUUGUUGCAAAGAAAUUCGGUUCUCAGGCAGAGUUUACAACGAAAACCGAACAAUGAAGCCUUAAAUACAAGUCUUCUGAGGGGUGGCAUUCGGAGCAGUUUACAGGCCUCCCGUCGAGACGGAACAACACAGGCUCAUAGAAAUAGUUUUCCGGGAUUUGAUAGUGCGACAGAUAAUCUGAACCUUGGAAUAGCCGGAACCCGACGAACCGUGUAUUUGAUGGAUGAGAAAGGUGCGAAUGCAGCUAAUUCCGGCUCGAGCACACCAACCGGUGUUGUUGGUUUGUCCAGCUCCUCUCCUCCUGUCUCGUUAUCUUGUUCUCCCCAACCUUCCGGCACGAGCACGGCACAACCUCAAACGGCAUCAAAUAAUCAGCAUAACCAUUCUUCCACCACUACUAAUGACACGCUCCUUCUCCUGAAUCGAGUCUCUACCACAACAACUCUGAAAACAACCGAAAGUAGCACUGUGCCGCAGACAAUGGUUGUCAAUCCAAAUCCUUCUGGUAGUCCAACAUUGGCUAGUGCAACAACGGAUGCUGACGCAAAUAAAAAGGAUGCAAGCGUUAAAAAGGUAAAAAAUCGAGAGGGUGCUAUUUGGUAUGAAUAUGGGUGUGUUUGAUAAAAAUCCGAAAAAAAUAUGAAAGCAAACUUGGGAGAAAUUUUUGAGUAAACGAAAGUGCAUUUAAAAACAGAUAAGAAAUGAAUCUGACAAAAUUGUUUCUAUUACAAUACGGACUGAAAACAAGUUGAUAAGUAAUUUAAAAACCAUAGGUUAGGAUCAAUAGUAUUAAUGAUGAAUAUCAUUGUCUUAAUUUGCACAUUUCCCAUUUACAUCAGAUAAAAUGACCAUAACGACAGUAAUGAAACAACGAGUUUGUAAAACGAAAGUGAUUAUUUUUAAAUAGCAUGUUUCCUGUAACAUUGUAUCUAUUAGGCUAAAGGUUAUUAUAAUGUAACAAUAUUUUGUAUUCGAAAACAUAGCAAGUAGUUAUGAGUUUAGUAGAUUGAGGAUUCAGCCUUUAUCGUUGCUUUUCGUAAUCAAUACGUCGAAAAUAUGACAACAAAAGAUUUGCGAUUGUGAUAUAACCGUAUAAAUAAUAAAACAGCAAUUAUAACUAAACAUAUUAAUUUUGUGUAAGAAUCUACGUUUUGAUGAAAUUACGAAUACAGUUGAUGUUUCGAAGCCUGUUAUACAAGAAUAAAAAAUCAUGAAAUCAAAAUAUCGUUCUCAUAAAUAUUGUAUCAAUCAAUAGGUAGGUUAUAAAAUGACCUGCACGAUAUAACAUACAAAAGGUAAAAGUUUUGUGCAGAUUGAAUAAAACAGUUUAAUUUUGAUGUCACUAACAACCCCAAAAACAAUAAGCUCUAAUAAACAA